AAGAAAAAAUAAAAACAAAAUUAGUAAUAGCUACCAGAAACUGGCUUGUUGGGGUCUAUAUAUUGUAGUGGAACUUGGUUGUCGAUGUUUGUGGCUUGUGGUUUGUGCUUUAUGCUUUGAUGGUGGUGGGUUUGAAGGUUUUACUGUCUUCUUACUAGUCGGGGGUGUUUUGUUUGCCUGCUAGUGCUAGUAUUGAUAAACAUGAGCUAUUUUGGUGUUGGUGCGAGUCCUGGGAAUGUGCCAGUCUUCCAUGACAGCAACUUGAAGGCAGUUGAUAGGAGGGUCAAGGUUGCAGAGUUUGUGUUGAGGUGUGUAAUCUGUGCUUUAGGUGCUGCUGCUGCUGUUCUUGUUGGCUCUGAUUCGCAGGUCAAAGAGAUUUUCUCUAUUAGAAAAAAGGCUAAGUUCACAGAUAUGAAAGCCCUUGUAUUUUUGGUGGUGGCCAAUGGAUUAGCUGCAGCCUACUCUUUGUUGCAAGGAUUGAGGUGUGUUGUGAGUAUGGUUAGAGGAAGUGUGCUCUUCAACAAGCCCUUGGCUUGGGCUAUUUUCUCUGGUGAUCAGCUCAUGACAUACUUGAUGUUGGCGGCAGUGGCUGCAGCCACUGAAUCGGCAAUGUUUGCCAAGUUCGGGGAGCCAGAGCUUCAAUGGAUGAAGAUCUGCAACAUGUAUGGGAAGUUCUGCAACCAAGUAGGGGAGGGAAUAGCCAGUUCACUACUUGCAAGCCUCAGCAUGGUGGUCCUCUCUGGGAUCUCGGCAUUUAGCCUGUUCCGAUUAUACCCAGGAAGCCAGGGCAAGAGGAGCAGCGGCGGCGCAACAUGGUAGAGAGCCCCCAUCAUGGCUCAUAAUUCUGCUAGCUAUGUUCAGCUCAACUACCCUUUCUGCGGUUUCUAAAAACUCGUUCUCUCUCUAUCUCUCUAUAUAUAUAUGAUGAUGAUGAUGAUUUAAGAUUAGAUCUGUAACUUGGUAGCUAGCUUUAGUUUGUCAUAUUAUAUAUAUAUGGUAUGGUAUGAGAUGGGUGAUGAGUGAUAGCCUGCAGUGCAGUUUGUAAAAAUAAAACCAAAGGAGGAUGGUGUGUGUGGUUUGUUUGUUC